AUGGUAAGAACAAAACAAAAUUACAACAUAUGCCGUCUACAGCCUGACUUAGCGGAAGAAUUGUUGUCUUCGGUUGAUACUCCACUCAAAACAGCACGCUGUGAGGAAUCGGGGAAAACAUACCUAUGUUGUGAUUACAACAGAGACGGCGAUUCAUACAGAUCGCCAUGGUCGAACAUUUUCUAUCCGAAAAUCGUCGAUGAAGAUGAGGCUCCACAUCCUUCCAGCCAUUUGAGAGAACUUGAAAUCUUUGCUAACCAAUCAUUUGAUAUAUAUCGCGAACUGUACUACGAGGGAGGAAUUUCUAGCGUUUACUUUUGGGAUUCUGAGGAAGAGAAUGUGGAUGCCUCGGGCACAAUUGGCUUUGCAGGUGUCGUUCUGCUGAAGAAAACCGUCGACACAGUGAACCCGAAAGAUGGAGGAUCGUGGGACUCGAUCCACGUGUUCGAGGUUCUUCCUGGCUCAAACCAGAAAGCAACAUAUAAGGUGACGUCCACAGUGAUUUUGGACAUUUCGAACUCCAACGACCCAAAUAUCUAUCUCAGUGGAAACCUCACCAGACAAACUUCAAAGGACUUUCAAUUCAAAGACUCCGCUUCUCACGUCUCGAACUUGGGAACGCUAGUGGAAGAUGUCGAGAGCAGACUGAGGAAUCUGCUCCAAGAAGUCUACUUUGGAAAAACAAAGGACAUUUUGGGAGAUAUUCGCUCUCUUGAGCCCCUGGAAACCAAGUCGGAAGAAAGAGAAAAGCAGUCAGAGCUCAUCAGCAAUCUUAAGAACCUGUAG